UUGCCCCACUAUCUCAAUCAAGGAAUUGUCCUUGUAAAUGAAUAAUAGCUUCUUCCCAACUUUCUAAUGUCUUAUUGGAGUUUACCAAAAAAAAAAAAAAAGAAAGAAGUCUCCUCUCUGUCCAGCGUUAGUUAGUCGCUCAUCAAUUUUUCAUUUCCUUCUUCUAUAUGUUACAAUCAAAAGUUUGAUCUUAAAUCAAAGGAAUACAAAUUACAGGGGAACGAAGACAUAAUUUCCAAAUUACAGGAAAAUGUUCCCUUUCAAUCUCAUUGUAACCCUUGGAUUAAUACUAUCGUUCAUGCUUAAUUUGCUUAACCUCCCUGGAGUUGCAGGAAUCGUAUGGCUCUAUAGGUAUUGCAAAAAUGGCACUAGCUUCACACCAAGUGGAAUCUAUCAGCAGAAUCUCAACUCCUUGCUCGCUUUUCUUUCUUCCAAUGCAACACAGGGGAAGGAUUUCUACUAUACCACAGCAGGUGAAGACCCUUCCGACACGGCCUACGGUCUAUUCCUUUGCCGUGGCGAUAUUGUCCCCUUGAAAGGUGUCUGCCAAGAAUGUGUAUCGGCUGCUGCCAAAGCUAUUGUUCAAGAUUGCCCUAAAAAGAAAGCGUCCAUCAUUUGGUAUGAUGAAUGCAUGCUACGUUACUCCAACGAAUCUUUCUUCUCUCAAGUGGAAGAAGACCCUUCAUAUGCAAAAUGGAACCCCGGACCACCAGUAAAUGAAUCAGAGCGCUUGACGGAGUUGGCGACAACGACGAUGCGCGAUGUGGCAACACGGGCUGCAAAUGAUCGGUCUGGUAAAAGAUUCGGCACAGAACAAGUGAACUUCACGAGUUCUCAAACACUGUAUACACUUGUCCAGUGCACCCAAGAUUUAUCGGUUGCCGAUUGCAGCAAAUGCCUUCGAGAGGCUAUUGGUGCGUUACCCUACUGCUGUUAUGGAAGACGAGGUGGCAGAAUUAUAUUUCCUAGUUGUAAUGCUAGAUAUGAAUUGUACCCAUUUUAUCGUGUUGAGAAUCUUCAAUCCCCAACCCCCAAAACAGGAAAUAAACGGAAGAUUCGGAUAAUACUGCUUGCUGUUGGAAUACCAACAGUGCUAAUAGCAAUUAUCGUCGGGUCUGGUCUGGUCUAUUUGCUGCGGAAAAGAAGAAAAGAACAGGAAAAAGGAAAAGACCUGCCUGAAUUAUUACAGGACCUGACAAGCCCUGUUACGACAGGAGAAGGUAAUCUUCCGAAUUCCGUGGAGCUUCCUGUAUUGGAUCUAACUACCGUAAGAGAAGCAACAGACAAUUUUUCUGACUCAAAUAAACUUGGACGUGGGGGUUUCGGCACCGUUUACAAGGGUGUUUUAUCAGAAGGGAAGGAAAUUGCUGUUAAAAGGUUGUCGAAGAAGUCAUGUCAAGGGUUGGUGGAGUUGAAGAAUGAAAUCAUACUAAUCGCAAAACUUCAACAUCGGAACCUUGUCAGGCUCUUGGGAUGCAGCAUAGAGGGAGAUGAAAAAUUGCUCAUCUACGAGUUCAUGCCUAAUAAAAGCCUUGAUUUCUUUCUCUUUGAUUCAAGCAAGGGUGGGCAACUUGAUUGGCCAAGACGGCUUAGUAUUAUCAAUGGAAUUGCUCGUGGCCUUUUAUAUCUGCAUGAAGAUUCUCGUCUCAAAGUUAUUCACAGAGACCUCAAAGCUGCUAAUAUUUUACUUGAUCAUGAGAUGAAUCCAAAGAUAUCUGAUUUUGGAAUGGCAAGAAUUUUUGGUGUAAAUCAAACUGAGGCUAAUACAAAAAGAGUCGUUGGAACUUAUGGAUACAUGGCGCCGGAGUAUGCAAUGCAAGGGAUGCUAUCAAUAAAAUCCGACGUUUUCAGUUUCGGUAUUCUCUUAUUAGAGAUAAUAAGCGGGAAAAGAAACAGUCGCUUUUAUUUUUCGGAAGAUGGAGAGACCCUUCCCACAUUUGCAUGGAAUCUGUGGUCCAAAAAUCAAGGAAUAGAGUUGAUGGAUCCAUUACUUGGAAACUCAUUUGUGGGUGAUGAAGUGCUGAAAUGCAUUCAAAUUGGGUUACUGUGUGUGCAAGAUGACCCAUCAGACAGACCAACUAUGUCUUUGGUGGUUUUGAUGUUAGGAAGUGAAACGAUGACGCUUCCUCAACCCAAGAAACAUACAUUCUCUGUUCAAAGGGUUGUCGUAAAUAAGGAAUCAUCUUCAAAUUGUGAAGAGUUUUCUUCAAUCAAUGAGAUGACAAUUUCAGAUGUAUUACCACGAUGAACUGUCAAGUGUUUCUUACUUAGUGAAACUACCAUGGCGUAUCUAUCAGCCAGACACAUAAAUAUCUUACCUCUUCUUCUCCAUUUUCUUAUGAUCAUCCACCUCACCAAUGGUCUGGUCUGUUACAACACAGGAAACUUCACAGCCAACAGUACCUAUGCCAAAAACCGGGGACUCAUCCUCUCUUACCUAGCUUCAAAUGUCACAGAAAAUGGUGGUUUCUACACGGCCACAGUAGGCCAAGGCCCAGAUAAAGUUUAUGGUCUGGUGCUUUGCAGAGCAGACACUCUAUCAGAAGAGUGUUCCCAGUGUGUCAACACAACAAUUGCAGAAUUAGUUCAAAAGUGUCCUAACCAAAAAGAAGCGCUUUCAUGGGGUAAGGAUGCUCUUUGUAUUAUACGCUAUGCAAAUCGCUCGAUUGUUGGACUAUUGGAGCUAAGUCCUACAGAUGCUGGCUCUAAUGUCAACAACAUCACAUCCAAUAUGGAAGAGUUUGAUCAGAUAUGGGGUAGUUUGAUGGAUCGUGUAGUAACAAAAGCUUCCAUGGGCUCUUCUAAGGUUAAAUUUGCGACUGAAGAAGCAAACUUAACACCCUUUCAGAAAAUAUACGCAUUGAUGCUGUGUACUCCUGAUAUUUCCAAAGGUAAUUGCAGCUAUUGCCUACGACAGUCAGUGGAAUAUUAUCAAUUUUUUUGGCAUGGGAAGCAAGGAGGUUAUGUUCAGAAACCUAACUGUAUUUUCCGAUGGGAUUUGUAUCCAUUCUACAAUUCUAUUGCUGAUGCUCCAACUCCAACAACGCCUCCUCCACCACUCAGUAUUUCUCCCCCACCAGCCAAUAAUACCAUAAGCAAAGGUAAUGGAACUACAUCAGGUCGAACUGUUGUAAUCAUCAUUGUUCCUACAAUUAUCUUCGCAGCAGUUGUUGUCCUAACUUGCAGCCUUUUCUAUUAUAGGAACCGUAAGAAAAGGACCAAAAAGUUGGAUGAAAGUAGUAGCACAGAGUGCACGAAAUUCAACUUCGAGACUAUUAGACUCGCAACAAAAGACUUCUCUGAUAAUAAUAAGCUCGGACAAGGUGGAUUUGGUGCUGUUUACAAGGGUGUGCUUCCAGAUGGACAAGUCGUCGCUAUAAAGAGGCUAGCAAGACGCUCUAAGCAAGGAGAAGUCGAUUUUAAGAAUGAGGUCACGUUGGUGGCCAGACUUCAACACAGGAAUUUGGUUAGACUAUUGGGGUUCUGUUUUGAAAGAAAUGAGAGGCUUCUCGUAUAUGAAUUUGUUACAAAUUCAAGUCUUGACCAUUUCAUAUAUGAUCCAGAGAAGCGUUUACUAAUGGAUUGGAGCACACGCUAUAAAAUCAUAGUGGGCAUAGCUAGAGGAAUUCUUUACCUUCAUCGAGAUUCUCGGCUUCGGAUUAUUCACCGUGAUCUCAAAGUCAGUAAUAUUCUACUAGAUGAACAAAUGAAUCCUAAAAUUUCGGAUUUCGGAACAGCUAGAUUAUUUCCAACAAAUCAAUCUGAGGAUGCUACAAGUAAAAUUGUCGGAACCUUUGGCUACAUGGCACCGGAGUAUGCAUUUCAUGGGAUCGUCUCAGUGAAGUCAGAUGUUUUUAGCUUUGGUGUAUUAAUUUUGGAAAUUAUUAGUGGUCAAAACAUUAAUAAAUUCCAAAUCGAUGAAGAAGGAGUAGGAGGAAAUCUUUUAACUUAUGCAUGGGAGAAUUGGAAUGCAGGUACUGCUUCAAAAAUCAUAGAUCCUGUUCUGGUAGGAGCUGCUUCGACAAAUGAAAUCCUGAGAUGUGUCCAAAUAGGAUUGCUAUGCAUACAAGAAGAUGCAGCUAAAAGGCCAACUAUGGCUUCGUUGAUUCUCAUGCUUGAUAGCUGCUCUGCUGUUAUUUCUGAACUGUCAAGACCUGCAUAUUUUCUGCAUAGCCAACAAGAGCCAAUCACAAUUGGUACUCAAUCCAAAAGACGAUCUGCCCAACCUUCAGCUAAUGAGUGCUCAAUUUCAGAGAUGGAACCACGUUAAAUAUACAGGAGCAACUCAGCAGAUCGUAGCAUUUAUCUUCGAGAGAUGGCAUUGCUUUUCAUUUAGUUAUGGUACUAACAAACUCGCCCAUCACUGUAGGGAGUCUGCUGCAAAUUUCUCCCCACUUGCCUCUGAAGUUUCAAUGCUUCAUAACUAAUAAGUGGUGCGUGUGAUAUGAGAGCAAUUUGCCAAAUGUCUGUUAUUUAGGAACAAAAAAAAAUCUCAAAUAUUUGUGGUUUGAAAGGCAAUAUUUAAGACAAUACCGUUGGUUAAAAGUUAAAAAGUUAUUAUUCAAGUAGAUAA